GAGGGAGAGAGAGAGAGGAAAAUAAGAGCCAUCAACCCCAUCUAUCUGACUCCCACACUAUUGAAUAUUAUUCUUUUUUAGGGGGGUCUCUUUAUUUCCUUCAUCUUCUAUUUUCCGCUUCGUUUGUUUUUGGUCAUUUUUCGUCUGUCACCGUCGCGACUCGACUCUUUGCUGCUUUAAUCCGCUUUCAUUGCUUGGGACCACACACAUACGCGCUUGUUUCUGCUUACAUUUUUAUUUCCUUUUUAUUACCGAGCGAUCGUCCUGAGGCUGAACCGGACCCAGGAAGCCGCCGAUUCCGAUCUGCACAAGUCAAAAUAGGACUUCACUCCUCGAGGAUCCGAUUCGUCUUCCUGUGCGCGUUCAUCGGUGCGGAGUUUGUUUCUUGAGGAACCGAGAGGUGACAACCGGGCUGAGAGGAUGAUUGAGACCCGAGCGACGCGGUGCCGCUCGAAUCCAGCGUCCUAACAGGCUUCUCUUCAUGGGACGGGCGGACAGGCGCGAUAUCAGUUCUGCAGGUUACGCUUCUUCAGCCCCUCCGCGCCUCCCCUCACCUCCCCUUCCUCCCCCAGACGUUAUGUCAAGGCCUCUCACGCAGCUCCUGCCGCCGGAUCUCCCUGCAGGGGCCACCAGCCCCCAGUUUGGGGCCAGCAACCCGGCCGGAAGUGGCCCCCAAGGCGGACACCUGACCUCCAUGACCAACCUGAAGUCCCUGCUCCAGCUGCCAAUCAAAGCUGACCCAAGAGUCGCCAAAGACUCCUGCGACAUGAAAGACAAAGACAAGCCCUUGGACUCGGAUGAAGACUCCCUGGGGGUCGGCGCCGGAGGGCCCGGCGGCAUCGGGGGCGCUCCGGGCUCCGGGCCGCUGCGCUCCAGCUCCCAGUCGGCCUUUCUGGGCCCCCUGCUGUGGGAGAGGACGCUGCCCUGCGACGGCAGCCUGUUCCAGCUCCAGUACAUGGACCUGGAGGAGUUCCUGACGGAGAACGGCAUGGGCAUGCACAGCAACGGGCCCAGCUCCACCAGCGCCCAGGUCCCCUCGCAGAGCCCCCAGUCGGCCGUGCCCAACCAGAGCUCCCAGUGCCCGCCCACCUCUCCCCCGCCCUGCUCCUCCUCUUCCUCCUCCAUGUCCUCCUCAUCCUCCUCGUCCUCCUUGCUGGGACUGGAGACGGUGCAGCCUCAGCCGCCGCCGCCUCAGCCGCCGCCGCCGCAGCAGCAGCCGCAGCAGCAGCCGCAGCAGCAAGGCAUGAUGGGAGGACCCGAGUGUCUACAUGGUGGUCAGGCGGUGCCUCAGGAACCGUCUCGGUCCUCAUCCUGUCCUCCAGGGCCGCCCGGGCCUCCGGCGGUCGCCAGCGGCGGCAGCGACAUCCUGGUGAACUUUGACCCCGACCCGGCAGACCUGGCGCUGUCCAGCGUUCCGGGCCAGGAGGCCUUCGACCCGAGGCAGCACCGCUUCACGGACGAGGAGCUGAAGCCCCAGCCCAUGAUCAAGAAGGCCCGAAAGAUGCUGGUCCCCGACGAGCAGAAGGAUGAGAAGUACUGGAGCCGGCGCAUCAAGAACAACGAGGCGGCCAAGCGCUCGCGGGACGCGCGGCGGCUGAAGGAGAACCAGAUCUCGGUGCGCGCCGCCUUCCUGGAGCGCGAGAACGCGGCGCUGCGGCAGGAGGUGGCCGACAUGCGCAAGGAGCUGGGCCGCUGCAGGAACAUCAUCAACAAGUACGAGAGCCGGCACGGAGACUUGUGAGGCGGCGGCGACGGAGGAGGAAGACGAGGAUGAAGAGGAAGAUGGAGAGGAGGAGGAGGAGGAGCCCCAACAACAGCAGCACUUUAGUUGCAGCGGUGCGAGGACGGACGGCGUAGACCUGCAGUAAGCGCCGCGCGGCGCCGGGCGUGAACGCCGGGCGCCACCGGGCUCCCCGCUUCGCCCGCACCUCCUUCGCCGCCGCUCACGCCCGGCGCCGCGCGGCGUUUUUGCAGGUAGUGCGUCCGGCCGCCACUCUGCCCGCUUCAAGCAGGUGCUGAGUUCACAUCAGCCAGUGAAGUUCACUCCUGAGCUCGAGGCGCGGACGCGCCGGGAGGUCACGCGUGUAAUUUUUCUAUAAAUAGGACAAAAACACAUGUAUAUUUUUGAAGGAAGUGAGAGCAGUCCAGCAGAGAAGGCAGCGGUUCGUCCACAACGCAAAGAGAUUUUGUCAUAGGAUUACUGUAUAUUUUUCUAUUAGCAGAGAUAUUCAGGAGGAAGCGGAGAUAAUCUUUUGUAUAUUUUAUAUAUGGGGUGGGGACAGUCACACCAGCGCGUCAGCGCUAAACUACAAUCUGGGUUCAGUGGAGUCGAUCGCUCGGAGCUGCAGAAUGUAUCGCGGUCGAAUCAGGUAUUUCUCACGGUGCGAGAGGAGCCCGAGCAUCUUAGUAACGAUUGUCUGGAGGGCACAGCGAGAAGACGAGCGGCGCAAGUGGUGUAUAGCUCAAGGAACUACUUUGUGUUUGAUUUCUUUGUGGGCUCGUUCAAACUCUCGACGCGUUUCCUUCUAUUUGAUUCCUUUUCAAAUAACAGCCGGGCUUUUAUUUUGGUGGCGGCAGCAGCACAGCUGGAUGCGAACAGAUGUGCGUCCAGGAAGCGCAGGAAUGAUGUGAUCGGCCCUGACUGAACAGAGACUGAACCUUCUGCGCAUGCACACACACACACACACACACACACACACACACACACACACACACACACACACACACACACACACACACACACACACACACACACACAGCUCCUCUCCCAGGUUCUAACCGUAUCGUUGUUGUUGAUGUUGUUAUGGACUUUUAUGGUGCUGAUCUGAUCUGAUCCUUUACCUGACGCACACCGACACACACACACAAACACACACACCGACUAAAGUGAACUGCCUACAUUUACUUUGUCUUUUCCUACUUUUAUUUCCUCUCUUUGGUUCGUUUCGUUGUAUAUUGUAUGGAUAAAUGGUAUAUACAUAGAUUUACACCAACACUCUCCUCCAAACUUUACCCAAUGAGAAGUGAGAAGCACCUGCUACUGUACCAUACAGCUACUAUUGAAUAUUAAACGGUUCUCACUAGAUAUGUGUAUAUGAUAUAUGCUUGAAUUAUGUGACUAUAGUUGUAAUAUACAUAAUUGAAUAUAUUCCAGAAGAACCCAAUGGAAUCAUUUGUCAGUUUCUUCUCAGGUGUUUUUGUCUGAGGUAUUAAAUACACACAUUAAAACAAAUGUCUUGAUUUAA